AUGGGCGGGAUAAGGUGGUGGAGGAGGUGUGGGCGGCUAGGAGGGUACGUGAAGCGCGUUUCUGGCUGGGGCGCGCAUGUCUGGCUAGGGGCGCGCGUUGCUGGCUCGGGUGCGCGUUCCUGGGCAGAGGCGCGCGCUGCUAUGCCAAGGCGUGCUCUGCUCUGCUGGAUGGCGCGCGCUGCUCUGCUAGGGCGCGCGCUGCCCUGCACGUUGGUGCAUGCUGCGCUGCAGGGGCGCGCGCUGCUCUGCUGGGUGGCGCUCGCUGCUCUGCAGGAUGGCGCGCACUGUGCGUUUCUGUGCUGGGUGGCGCGCGCUACUCUGCUGGGGCGCGCGCUGCUCUGCUGGGUGGCGCGCGCUGUUCUGCAGGGGCGCGCGCUUCUCUGCUGGGUGGCGCGCGCUACUCCGCUGGGGGUUUACGCGCGCUGCUUUGCAGGGUGGCGCGCGCUGUUCUGCAGAGGCGCGCGCUGGUCUGCAGGGGCGCGUGCUAUUCUUCAGGGUGGGGCACGCUGCUUGGCUGGAUGGCGUGCGCGACUUAAGGAAGCUUACUACGAAGCGACGGAGCAACUACAGAGCGACUAUGGGGCGACGUAG